AACAUCCACAUUGAAAUCAUUCAGGAAACAGGAUCUAGUGAAGUUAAAACAAACAUCCACAUUGAAAUCAUUCAGGAAACAGGAUCUAGUGAAGUUAAAACAAACAUCCACAUUGAAAUCAUUCAAGAAAAAUAAAGGAUCUGGUCAAGUUAAAAUAAACAUCCACAUUGAAAUUAUUCAAGAAAAAUAAAGGAUCUGAUCGUGUUAAAACAAACAAACAAACACACACACACAACCUAAUCUUAUCAUCAGAAGAACUGUUAUAUUAAUAUUUAAAACAGAAUAUAAUAGAGGGAUUUUCAAUUAAAGCGGGAAUUCGAACAACAGAACAAACAGGAAUAGUAUUUUUUUUUAAAAAAAAUAUUCAUACAGAGUCAUUGAUAAGACAUCCGUUCAGAAGGCGGAAAUAUGUCAAGUUGGCAACGUCUUUCUGGAUAUUUAAAUUCGAAACCGACUGGACCUCCGCUUGUGAAUAAUGCAUCGGAUAUUGCAGCAUAUUUUGAAUCUGCAUUCAAAAGAUUAAAAGGGAUUCAACGUCACUGGUAUGUAUUUGAAGAGUCUACAUUGAAAUUAAUGGCUUAUCGUAAUGAAAUGGAUGCAGCUAUUCCAGAUAAAGAACCAUUGAAAAUAAUCAAUAUUCAUGGAGCUGUAUUUCAUAUUGAUCCUGCUGAACAUAAUCAAUUUAGUAUUAUGUCAGAUGGAAAAGAACAUAUUCUUCAAGCAGAAACAGAAGAUGCUAUGCUGUUAUGGCUUCAUGCUUUACAGACAAGAAGAAACGAAGCUGUACAUGCAAGUGAAUCUGACAGUUCAUCUCCUAAUGAUGAUAGUUUAACAGAUUAUAAAUUAUUUCGUCAAAAUUCUUUAAUGAAAAUGCAAAUGUCAAUACCAGUAAGUGUAGUUUAUGCAAAAUUAUCAGAUUAG